CACAAUAACUUUAUUACAAAACCAUAGCAUACGUUUUUGCUUUUUUUUUCAUCAAAUGGAUCAUGAAGAGGAGGAGGAGAUCGAGAUUCCUAACUACUUUAUCUGCCCAAUCUCACUAGAGAUUAUGAAAGACCCAGUCACGACCGUUUCUGGCAUCACUUACGACCGUCAAAGCAUCGUUCAGUGGCUAGAGAAGGUCCCAUCAUGUCCCGUGACGAAGCAGCCUCUUCCUGUAGACUCCGAUCUUACGCCUAACCAUAUGCUUCGCCGUCUGAUCCAACACUGGUGCGUGGAGAAUGCAACGCGUGGCGUUGUGAGAAUCCCUACGCCUAGAGCUCCACCAGGGAAGCCUAACAUCGUUGAGGAGAUCAAGAAUCUCAAAAAGUUUGGACAAGAAGCCUUAGGAAAAGAAGAUACAUUAAAGAAGCUAGAAGUUUUGGCUCUAGAGGGAGAGAGUAAUAGGAGACUGAUGUGUGAAGGAGGUGUACAUAAGUAUUUGAUCUUGUUCGUGGUCAAGUGUACUCGUGAAGAAGAAGAGGAGGAACAACGUCGUAUCAAAGGGAAGCUAGAGGAGUCUCUACGUCUUCUCCACUUGAUAGGUGUUCCAUUAAACGAGGCAAGAACAAUCUUGAUCGAAAAUGACCGGAUCUUGGAAUCGUUGACAUUGGUCUUAAACCAACAAGACUUCAUGAACAAGGCUUAUACUAUUGUCCUCUUGAGGAACUUAACUGAAAACACAUCAUCUCAUAUCGUGGAGAGAUUGAGUGCCGAGAUUUUUAGAGGCAUCAUAGGGUUUGUCAAAGAUGUAGUAAGUAGUUUCAAUCACGUAAACCCUAGCGUGUGCGCUACGGUACAACCAUCAAACUCUAGAGUGAGACACAAGGCACCAUCAAAACUUGAUCAUAGCGUGGUUAUUAAACAAGCUGUGACCGCUGCGCUGAUGAUUCUUCUAGAGACUUCUUCUUGGAGCCGGAACAGAACCAUCCUUGUGGACCUUGGUGCGGUUUCGGAACUUAUUGAACUGGAGAUAAGCUCAAAGGGUGAGAAGAGAACCACGGAGCUUGUGUUGGGAAUUUUGUCUCGUUUGUGUUGUUGUGCAGAUGGUAGAGCCCAGUUUCUUGCACAUAGAGGUGGAAUCGCGAUUGUGACGAAACGGAUGUUAAGAGUUUCAGCAGCAGCAGACGAUAGAGCUCUCUCUAUACUAGGCACAGUGUCCAAAUACUCGCCGGAAAACGAAGUGGUGGAAGAGAUGGUUAGCGUCGGGACGGUGGAUAAGCUUUGUUCGGUCCUAAGGAUAGACUGUAGUGUGAGCUUGAAGGAGAAAGCGAAAGAGAUACUUAGAGAUCAUUUUGAUGAGUUGAAGAAGUUUCCAUGCAUUGAUGUAACGCUGCUUACUAAGCUUUUGAAUUCUUCACCCAAAGAUUUACUCACUGAGUAUUACUCACGAGUUGGUGUUUAACACACAUUUUCACUGUGUACCCACAACAGUAAUUAUAUGCAUUCAAAGAAAAUCAAUCCC